AGAUUCAUUCAUAGCAGCAGUUGUGUUCCACAGAUGAGUCCGGUAUGGGGACGCAGUGUGACAGCAUGCUGCAUCUGGCAGCAGAAGCUUUCCAGGCGAACAACUUCGAGCUGGCGGCGGAUAUUUACGAGUGCCAGCUGGCGAGUGCCGGAGACCCGGAGAGCCGGCUGGAGCUGAUGGUGAAGCGGGCUGACGCGCUGGCCUUUGGGGGCAAAAUAGCAGAAGCUUUCGAGGUGUACCGCCAAGCCUCCGAGAAAGAUAAACUCCAACCCGCUCACCUGUCCCAGCUCCUAAACUACCUGUCGGACAGUAUCCGGAGACACGACCGGAUUCAUGGCAGCUCCCGGAAGGCGGCGGAGGAGCGCUGCCGCCCGGGGUUGGAGGACUUCACCUGCGGGAUGUGUCUGAGCUUCCUGUUCGAGCCGGUGACCUUACCCUGCGGACACUGCUUCUGUAAAAGAUGCCUGGAGAGGGAGGAGCGGCCGGUGAUGUGCACGGAGUGCAGGGACCUCUCCAAGGUGGUCGACCUCCAGACCUACAGGGUUAACGUGGUUCUCAGCAGCCUGCUGGCCAAGUGGUUCCCCUUCCUCCAGCAGGCCGAGCGGCUGAGGCGGGAGGGGAACGGGCUGUUCGCCGAGAGGAAGGUGGAAGCUGCGCUGGAGAAGUACAACCAAGCUAUACUGACAGCACCCACAGACCACAUCCUGUUCAGCGGCCGCUCUCAGAUCCACUCCAGUCUGAAGCACCAUGACCGGGCUUUGAGGGAUGCUGAGAUGGCCUGCAGACUGAUGCCCUUCUGGUCCAAGGGUCAUGUUCGUAAGGCCCAGGCUUUGGUGUCAUUGGGCCGGACUGAGGAUGCUCUGAGAGAGUACCUGAUCUGUCUGUCCAUAGAGCCCGACUGUAGACUAGCCAAGGCUGAGGCUCACAGGCUUCUCAGUGACUUCCUGGCUCCAGUCAGCGAUCAGGUUCCUCAACACAUCUCUGAUUGCUCCAACUUCCUGUCUUCCAGAGCAAACAUCAAAAAGGGUUUCAUUGAACCUGUCCAGACCCUGAGCUCAGACUCGCUGCCUGCAGAAUCUCCUCCUUCAGCAUCCGAGAGGUCAGACGGGUCGCAUCUCCUCAAACGGAAACGAAGGAGCUCGGAAAAGGAGGAAGAGGUAGAAAUCAGCCACCAGAAGAAAGUCAAAUGUGAUUCCUUGGGUUCUGUGUCCAGGGACCUUUUGGACCCAACAGAUCUGGAGUGUUCCCUCUGUAUGAGACUGUUCUAUGAGCCGGUAACGACGCCGUGCGGGCACACUUUCUGCCUGCAGUGCCUGGAGAGAUGUCUGGACCACAACCCCAUGUGUCCGCUGUGCAAAGAAGAGCUGUCUGAGUACCUGGUCCAGAGGCAGUACUGUAAGACGGUACUGAUGGAGAACCUUAUAUCCAAGUAUCUUCCCUCUGCGUUCAUGGAAAGACAAAAAGUGCACGAGGAGGAGAUGGCUGAGCUCUCCAACCUCAACAAGAGCGUGCCUAUAUUUGUGUGCACCAUGGCCUUCCCCACUGUGCCGUGCCCGCUCCACAUCUUCGAGCCCUGCUACAGGCUGAUGAUUCGCCGGUGCAUGGAGACCGGGACCAACUGCUUCGGCAUGUGUCUGGGAGACGACCUCAAAGGGUUCGCCGGCUACGGGUGUCUGUUGGAGAUCCGCAAUGUCAAAUUCUUCUCAGACGGCAGAUCGGUGGUGGACACGAUUGGUAGACGGAGGUUUAAGAUCAUUCAGCACCGUGAGAGGGAUGGCUACACCACGGCUGAUGUGGAGUACUUGGAGGACGUGAAGGUGGAGGGUAUAGCAGAGCGGGAGCUGCAGUCGCUACACGAUGCGGUGUAUGACCAGGCUCUGGUCUGGGUCAACUCUCUCAAAGCUGAGCAGAAGCAACGCAUCGAAGGACACUUUGGACCAAUGCCUAAGAAAGACCCUGAACUCCAGGCUAGCCCUAACGGCCCCUCCUGGUGCUGGUGGUUAGUGGCUGUUCUCCCCUUAGAGGGCCGCGCUCAGCUGCCGUUCCUCGCCCUCACCUCCCUGAAGGAUCGCCUCAGUGGCAUCCGCAAGGUUCUGCUCUUCAUGUCACAGAGCAGGCUCCGGUGACCUGAUGGAGGUGGUCUACGCACAAACGACGGCCUCCCUCAGAGCAGCUGAUGACCAGUUCUUCCUUACAACGCACAAAUAACAGCCACUUUUACACCUCAAGAGCAAACUUCAUACAACAAGGAACACCUCAAUCUAGUAUCUUCCGCUCAUCGCUUUGACUCUGCGGAGCUGAGCUGUGUUCAGACAGGAGGCGCUGAAGUCCAUCACAGUGACGAAUUUAACAGUUUAACAGCGCUCACCUUGAUUUCUGUAUGACUUUCUUUUUUUAAACCCCUGAACAGCUUCCAGGUAACAAUUUCAACAGUAAAGCUGCUUGGUGACACAAAUUCAGACACAUUAAAUCCAAACGACAUCAGUCUGCACUGACUGAUAUUACACCGAUCACAGUUGUCUGGCCG